AUGAACGGAAAAGGAAGAAGCAGUAGGAUGGCCGUCUGCGGCAUUUCGAGAAAAAUGACGUCAAAUAUCAAGAGACCAGUAGGUAUUAAAGAUAAUAGAGAAAGUACUGGAUUUAAACCUAGCUUAUUAUUCCCGACAAAAUCAACGACAAAUACAUUUAGGACGAGAAGACGAAAUAUUAAUAGAAAAUUCGAUAAAAGAGUUCAAGGAAAGUGUAUAAUAGUAAAAGUGCAAGACCCAUCACAUAUGAAAUUGAAAUCAAAGCAGAAAGAGGGAAAGAAGAGAGCAGUACUGGACGCGAGAAUACUGAACGAUGCAAUCCCGAUCUUACCCUCACGUUCUCCUAAGCAACAGGACGGCACGAUGGCUGGGGUUCGAAUGCGAAGGGAAAACGUGCAAAGCUCGGUCAGUGAGAAAGCACUUAAAGAAUUGGGAUUCCUCAUGAAUAUGAAGAAAUGUCGACUAACGCCGUCGCGGAAACAGGAAUUUUUGGGGUUUCUACUGGAUACGGAGUCAAUGGAGAUAAAGCUGCCUCAUUAA